ACUGGGAGGAGCGCCGAAUUUGAGGGUCCACCUCUAUCCGAAAUGCUCGGCAGAAUGGGGUGUGAGAAAUGAGCGCCUCAGCCGCCGCCGCUGCCGCCACUAUCUUCUCCGCCUUGCAUCUCCGCCACGCCCGCCGCUUCUUCUCCGCAGUAAAGCUUCCCCAUGGCCCCUCCUCCCACCGUCAUCGCCGUAGCAGCCGCUUUUCCUUGCGAGUUACCAAUGAUUCUAGUAGGACUGAGUUGUCACCUGAUCCAACCACUGAAAGAUCAGAACCUGAUAAGAUAGUUGAUGGUAUGGACUUUGGGGAGCUUUGCAAUGAAUUUGAAUGCAUUAGCAGCCCUUCUGUGGAAGCUACUGCAAGACAACUUGCACGUGACAUCUUGGAGCUUCGGGAGGGCAACCGUGCCCUAGGGACCUAUGCAGUUUCUGUUAAGUACAAGGAUCCACUUAGAAGUUUUACUGGUCGUGAGAAAUACAAAAGACCACUAUGGCUAACUGAUGCUCUAGAUACACCCACGGUGAGUGUGCAAGAAAUGGUGAUGUUAUCUACCAGUGUGCUUAGUAUUAAGUGGAGAAUAAAAGGGAAGCCUAAACCCUUGCUUGCCGGUAUAGGAGGCGAUUUAAUUAUAGAAGUUACAUCCAAGUUUACUAUGAACCAGAUUAGUGGCCAAGUUACUGAGCACGAAGAGUUCUGGGAUUUGUCAGCAUCUUCAGCUAUUGCUCAGGCUUAUUUCUGGGCAUCACGCUUUCUCUUUGCUACCACUGAAUCUGGAAAAGAUGUAUUUGAUGAUAUUAAGAACAUCACAACGCGUUUUCCAAAACAGAAAGAGAACUUAGAGAUUUAUCCAGAUCCUUCUGGUGAUCCAACAAAGUUCUUUCAAAGGGACAACGGUUUCCAAAGAGAUACCUACCAAGUUGCACUACUUUUAGCAGUUAUAUAUCUUGUUGUACAGUUCCUGAGGACAACGCUGUAAAGCAUACCUAUAUAUUGUACAUUCUGCCUUUGUACAAUUGUAAUUAUUGGUAAUAUUACAUUUACAGCUUCACAUUAUCAGAAAAUCAUGAAUGUAUGGAAGCUUUAUGCUACUCCUGUAA